GCCAAUCGCGAGGGCGGGCGCACGGCGGCGCCGGGCUCGUUUGGGGCCGGUUCGGGGCCGACCCAGGCUCCCCUGUCGCGGCCGCCAUGGAGCCGGCCGAGGUGGAGUUCCUGGCCGAGAAGGAGCUGGUGACGAUCGUGCCCAACUUCAGCCUCGACCGGAUCCAUCUCAUCGGGGGAGAUCUGGGUCCUUUCAAUCCUGGCUUGCCGGUGGAAGUGCCUGUCUGGUUGGCCAUUAAUCUGAAGCAGAGGCAGAAGUGUCGGCUCAUUCCUCCAGAAUGGAUGGAUGUUGAAAAACUGGAGGAAAUCCGGGACCAGGAACGUAAAGAGGACACCUUCACUCCGAUGCCCAGUCCUUAUUAUAUGGAACUCACAAAGCUGCUGUUAAACUAUGCCUCAGACAACAUCCCCAAAGCCGAUGAGAUUCGAACACUGGUGAAGGAUACCUGGGACACCCGGGUGGCCAAGCUGCGGCUGUCUGCGGACAGCUUCGUCAGGCAGCAGGAAGCUCACGCCAAGCUAGAUAACUUAACCUUGAUGGAGAUCAACACAACCGGGACUUUCCUUACUCAAGCCUUAGAUCACAUGUACAAGCUCCGGACUAACCUUCAGCCUGGUGAGAGUGCUCAGUCCCAGGAUUUCUGAGGUACUAGCCAGGCCGGCCCCCAAACCUCUGAGGAGAGGGCAGUGGAAAGGAGCAGGCUCCCUCCUCACCUCCAUCUGGCCAGCUUCCACCUCCCUGCGCAGAUCUCCUGAAGCCACCCAAGCCUGCAGCCCCUCCUCGGCACACGGGCUGUGGUUCCCUUUCGGUGUGUGUGCAGGCAGGGGAGGGAGCAGGCGGCUGGGAACCGCUCCAGAGCUGCCAGUGGCCCAGGAGCAUCCCUGUACGGCAGCUCCUAUGUGCUCCCUCUUUGCAGAGGUGGGCCUCUCUCUUGGAUUCGGAGAUCUGCUUGCUGCAGGUGGUGGCUUGCCAGCACUAGGCUGCUGUCUAAUGAUGUCAGGCAAAUCUCUCCACCCUGGAGAGUGUGGGUGUACUUCAUAGAGGGAACUUCUGAGGGCAGCACAGGCCACACACUGGCUUGAAAGCAAUAAAUUUCUAGGCGGUGCUUCGCCAUGAAUUUUCUCAGAGCCUUGAAAAGGGGGAAGAUGUGCUGGCAAUGAGAGGUGUCUGCUGCUCUGCUGGGGAGAUCAGCUGGGAAGCAGAUCCAUCUGCUCUUUGGAGAAGGACAAAAGGAAAUUAUUUUCCCUCUCCAAAGCCAGGCUGUCUUGUAAUAUCAUAUGUCUGACUUUUUUUUUUUUUUUUUAAAUAUUUAAAUCUGAAACUGUGUGUAUAAAAAAUAAAGUAGUUUUUUUAAAAUUGCA